UCAGACUAGGAAGCGGAUGGCGUGACAGGAAGUUCGUGGUGCAGACCACGAGUCUCCCGAGCCAGACACUCAGGACUGACUUCUGGAAAGUGGUAUUACCUGAGGAGGAAGAGGAAAGACAAGGAGCAGGGAUGGCGGCUCUGACUCAGUUGACAUUUGAGAAUGUGGCGGUGGAUUUCACCCAGGAGGAGUGGCGGUGCCUGACCCCGGCUCAGCGCGCUCUGUACAGGGACGUCAUGCUGGACACCUACAGGAACCUAGUCUCCGUGGGAGUCUCUCCUCCCAGCGUGAGUGUGAUUUUGCCAUUGGAGCUGGAGGAAGAGCCCUGGGUGGCACAGAGCCAUGUGACAACUCCAGGAGAGCUGAAUGGUUGGGAAGGCGCCAAAGGUGUGAGUGCAGGUAAGAGCUCAGAUGUGCAGAGAUGGAACUGGGGAACCUGGGCACAAAUGGAAGUUUUCUGUAGGAAAACAAAUGUGUCACUGCUGUGAGCCCUAAAGGACUUUAGAAUGUGUCCAUUUGUGCCCUGUCCUGCAGAGCAAUAUGCUAUUCUGUGUCUCCACUGCAUUUCCUGUGUCCAUUGAAGUGGUCCAGGCUGGCUCUCCAGCUAAUGGUGGGUGUGCAGUACCCCGACAUCUCUUUUAUUCUCUGACUUCAUUUCCUUCAGAUGCACACCUAGAGCUAUGGCUGGACAUUCCACUUCUUAUACUUUUUGCAACUUCUUU